GAUUGUUAGAAUUACGAUUGCCCAAAGAAUGCGAGGGGAAUGAAAGGAAAAUGACGUGUAGAAGAUAAAUUAUAGGCCAUGACCACCACCACGUGGAUAAGUUUGACGGUGGCAAUACGCACCAUGCUCACUUUAGCACCUAGCUACGACCCCACUACAUUACACCUCAACAUUUGUGCUGAGAGCAUCUCUGCUAUUGCUAACCUCCUCCUCCUCCUCCAAAUCCGUUCCAAUCUCAAAUCUCCACUCAUUGCAUUUGGAUMAAAAAUCAAAGUUUGUCUCAAAUGGAGCCAGACAGAACAACUACAUCAAAUAGCAGAAGCACCCAUUGGUGUUACACUUGCAGGCAAUUAGUUACUCUAGUGGGACAAAACCAAAUUUGUUGUGAAUGCGGAGGAGGGUUUGUUCAAGAACUCGAAAAUAUACUAACCACAAACAUCGACGUCGAAGAACAAACCCCCCCGAGGUCAGGCAUCAUGGAAACCUUCUCAAACCUUUUCAGAAGACAAGAAACACAACAAAACAAUUCUAAUCACAGAGAGCAACAAGAAGCGGUCUCGGAAGAUGGCGAAAAUAGUAUGUGGGGACCUUGGCCUAUUUAUACCGGCGAUAUGCCCGUUAGUAUCCCUAACAACGGUGGACUUUUCGAGCUUUUCAACGAGGUACUUGGAUUCAGACGAGAAAACGGCGCAGACUUCUUUGUGGGACCUGGAGUCGAAGAAUUUUUUGAACAGUUCAACAGUCGUGAUCAAGAAGUUCCUCCACCAGCUUCGAAAUCAUCAAUCGAUGCACUGCCUACCGUUAGAAUUUCAAAGAAAGACGCGCGAUCCGAUUCCCAUUGUGCUGUUUGUAAAGAGAAACUUAUAUUGGGGUCGAGUGCGAAGAAGUUGCCGUGUAAACAUCUAUAUCAUUCCGGAUGCAUCGCUCCUUGGUUAGCCCAGGUGAGCUCAUGCCCGGUUUGUCGCCGUGAGGUGACAACAAAAGGGUCGGGCGGAUGUAGUCAUCAGAGCGGKGGCGGCAGCCGGAGGGGGAGUCGAGUACGCCAUGGUCCGUGGUCUUUCUUGUGGCCGUUUGGAUCGUAAUCCCUGACCCACGCCAUCGAAACRUUCUGCAUCAAGUUUUAAGUUAAAGAAAGGGUUAGUUGCUUCUUUUUCUUUGUGCAUCUACAAGACUGGUCAUAAAGAUCAAUGAAGGUUGGUUGGUUGGUUGUUGGUCAAUUUGGUUCAUUUCUUGCAUUCAUUAAUCUCAU